AUGAGAGUCAUCAGCAAGGAGGAAGAAGCCGCCCACUACAGCGCGACCAUCAAGGGUGGCUUGGUCGGCGGCAGCGUCGGCCUGGCGCUGGGCCUGGCGGGCGUUGUGGGCGCGUCUAAGCGGUACGCCGCCUUUCGGUCGCUGACGCUGCCGUUCCGUGCCUUCCUGGUCACGUCGUCGGGCACCUUCGGCGCCAUCACUGUGGCGGAGCGGUACAGCAUCGCAUUCGCCAAGCAGCAGGACCCUAUGAACUUUUACAAGGACGAGUCGACGCGCGUGCUCGAGGAGGCGCGCCAGCAGGCCUCGCAGAUGCAGCGUCUCAAGGAGUGGGGCCGCGAGAACAGGUACACCAUCGUCUUCGCCAGCUGGCUGGCCAGCAUGGGCGUCGCCCUCGCCGCCGUCGGCAAGGAUAAGUACCUCACCACCGCCCAGAAGCUGGUCCAGGCCCGUGUCUACGCCCAGGGUCUGACCCUGGCUGUCCUCAUAGCCACCGCCAUUUUUGAGACCGCCGAUGCCAAGAGCGGCAAAGGAAGGUGGCAGACCGUCAUGGUCGUCGACCCCAACGAUCCUGAGCACAAGCACCUGAUCGAGAAGAAGAUCCACAAGGAGGAGUACGAGGGACAGGAUCUGUGGAUGGAUAUGGUUGCUGCUGAGGAGAGGAGGUUAGCCGACCAGAAGAAGGCUCGCGAAGAGGCCGCCGCCAAGGUCACCACCGAGGCCAAGAAGGAAAACUCUGAGAAGACCAAGGCUACCUCAGCAUAA